AUUGUAUUUAGUCUCAUGCAAAACAAAAUUUACUUUUGGAUUACAUUUUACUUGGAAUCGCCGCACGCGCACUUACCGAAGCGCUUGCUGUCGGAAGAUUGAUCUGUAUAAUCAACAUAGUUGUACAGAAUUAGAAAAUUAUUAAAAUAUAGUAAUAUAAUUAUUAAAAUAUUUAAUUUUAUUAUAUUUAUGCAUACAUUUCUGACACAUAAUAGGAAUGCACAUCAACGAGGAAAGAACAUCUUAAUAAAUCUAUAAUUUUGAAGACAAAUGAUUUAAGGACUUCAUACAAUUUACAUAUGAUCGAUGUAUAUUUAAAACGGAACCUGAAUCCUGAGGCUGUCGUGACAAAUCAACCGCGAGGUUUUGGCAAGGAAGAAGAAAGUGAUGAUGAUGCUGUGACUGCUCAACCUCAAAGUGGUGUGUCGCAAAAUGCAUCCAAUGUACAGCAACCAAUAUUUGCUAUGCCUGCACCAGGAUCAGCUGCACCAACAUCAACGGCUAACGAAAGCACGAAUCUAAAUAGCGGCGGUGAACGUGUGAUUUAUACCACUGCGGCUGCCACAAAUCCAUUCAUAGGAGCCAAUGCACCUACAAGUGGCACCGGACCAACCAGAUGGUAGACUGAAUGCGUGGAAAACCUAUCAGGAAUAUAUUUAUGUUUAUAUUGCCGGAUCUCCACACUAGCUUAUUAAUAUAGAUUAUAAGUUGAUUGUCGUGAUAAAAUAGAUUGUGAUUAAUUUAACGUUAUUACCAUUUACUCUUUGUCUUUUUUUAUAUAUAAAGUAUUAUGUUAUGUAUCUGUAUUAUUUUAUAAAUCAUAAUUAUAGUAUAUUUAUUCAAAUAUGGUCUCAGUAUAGAUACAUAUUCUAUGUAAUUUACAAUAUGAUUGAUCUUCCGCUACAUACACUAUACUAUUUUAUAAUUUUCUUGUAUACGAAUAUGAAAGUGUACAUUAUAUUUAAUUGUCUUUAAUUCAUAAAAUAUUUGUUUCUUUGUGUAUGUAGCUAUAAUAAAAUUUUUAAAGAUUAGCAUAUAUAUGAGCGAGAGAUAGAAGAUAAGAUGAAGCUUUGAUAAGAAAUAUAGGUUCUUAUACCUAAAUAGUAAAAUGUGAAAUUAAUCAAUAUAGAAAAAGUUAGGCUUUCUCUUUUCUCUAGAAUAUUUGCACACAGAUUAUAGAUAUUUAAUUUGAGUAUCUAUUUUUACUUAGCUAAUUGAGUUAAUGUAACAUUUAAAUAUAAUUAUAUAAAAUAUAGAAAUUAUGAAU